AUGGGUAUCACGUUGUUAAUCCAUAUGAUAAAAGUUUGGGAGAGAGUGAUUGAAGGGAGACUGAGGAGGUGUGUGUCUAUUUAUGAGAACCAGUUUGGUUUUAUGCCGGGACGGUCGACUAUUGAGGCCAUUCACAUUGUGAGGAGAUUGGUAGAGCGGUAUAGGGCGGUGAAGAAGGAUUUGCAUAUGAUGUUAAUUGACCUGGAGAAAGCUUAUCACAAAGUACCGAGAGAGGUUCUAUGGAAAUGUUUGGAGGCGGGAGGUGUUCCUGUAGCAUUUAUUAGAGUGAUUCAGAACAUGUAUGAUGGGGAUAAGACACGGGUGAGGACGGGAUCAACACUCAUCCCAUUUUUGUUUUCCCUGGCGAUGGAUUCUUUGAUGCGUCACAUCCAAGGGGAGCUGCCUUGGUACUUGUUAUUUGCGAAUUACACAGUCCUGAUUGUUGAGAUGCGAGGUGGAGUUAACGAAAGGCUAGAGGAGAUGGACGUGGAUGUGAGACUCGAUACGCAAGUCAUUCCCAAGAGAGAGAGUUCCAAAUAUCUAGGAUCUAUAAUUCAGAUGAAUGAGGAGAUAGAUGAGGAUGUUACUCACCGUAUCAAUGCAGGAUGGACGAAGUAG